GCGGGGCCAGGAGGAAGAGGUGGCAUCUGCGCGCGCGCGCGCGGGUGCGAACGGGAAACGCCGCGAGGGCCAGGCUAGGCCGGGCGGUAGACACGACGGACGGUGACUAUGGCCGCGACAGCGGGUGGUGGUCCGGGAGCAGCAGCAGGCGCCGUGGGUGCAGGGGGUGCGGCGGCGGCCUCAGGGCUGGCCGUGUACCGGAGGAAGGACGGGGGCCCGGCCAGCAAGUUUUGGGAGAGCCCGGACACGGUGUCCCAGCUAGAUUCGGUGCGAGUCUGGCUGGGCAAGCACUACAAGAAGUAUGUUCAUGCAGAUGCUCCUACCAAUAAAACACUGGCUGGACUGGUGGUGCAGCUUCUACAGUUCCAAGAAGAUGCUUUUGGGAAGCAUGUCACCAACCCAGCUUUCACCAAACUACCUGCAAAAUGUUUCAUGGAUUUCAAAGCUGGAGGCACCUUGUGUCACAUUCUUGGGGCUGCUUACAAGUACAAAAAUGAACAGGGCUGGCGGAGAUUUGAUCUUCAAAAUCCAUCCCGAAUGGAUCGUAAUGUUGAAAUGUUCAUGAACAUUGAGAAAACUUUGGUACAGAACAACUGUCUGACUAGACCCAACAUCUACCUCAUUCCAGACAUUGAUUUGAAGUUGGCUAACAAGUUGAAAGAUAUCAUCAAACGGCAUCAGGGGACAUUUACUGAUGAGAAGUCGAAAGCUUCCCACCAUAUUUAUCCAUAUCCUUCCUCACAAGAGGAUGAGGAGUGGCUGAGGCCAGUGAUGAGGCGAGACAAGCAGGUGCUGGUGCACUGGGGCUUCUAUCCAGACAGCUAUGACACUUGGGUCCACAGCAAUGAUGUUGAUGCUGAAAUUGAAGAUGCACCAAUCCCAGAAAAACCAUGGAAGGUUCAUGUAAAAUGGAUUUUGGACACUGAUGUUUUCAAUGAAUGGAUGAAUGAAGAGGAUUAUGAAGUGGAUGAGAACAGAAAGCCAGUGAGUUUUCGUCAACGAAUUCCAACAAAGAAUGAAGAGCCAGUCAGAAGUCCAGAAAGGAGAGAUAGAAAAGCAUCUGCCAAUGCUCGGAAGAGGAAACAUUCCCCUUCUCCUCCUCCUCCCACACCCACAGAAUCCCGGAAGAAGAGUGGAAAGAAAGGACAAGCCAGCCUUUAUGGUAAGCGUAGAAGUCAGAAGGAAGAAGAUGAGCAAGAAGAUCUUACCAAGGACAUGGAAGACCCAACACCUGUACCGAAUAUAGAGGAAGUGGUUCUCCCUAAGAACGUAAACCCAAAGAAGGACAGUGAAAACACACCUGUUAAAGGAGGCACGGUGGCAGAUCUAGAUGAGCAGGAUGAAGAAGCAGUUACAACAGGAGGAAAGGAAGAUGAAGAUCCCAGCAAAGGUGAUCCGAGUCGCUCAGCUGACCCCGGUGAAGACAAUGUGACAGAGCAGACCAAUCACAUCAUUAUUCCCAGCUAUGCAUCCUGGUUUGAUUAUAAUUGUAUUCAUGUGAUUGAACGGCGUGCUCUUCCUGAGUUUUUCAAUGGAAAAAACAAAUCCAAGACUCCUGAAAUAUACUUGGCAUAUCGAAAUUUUAUGAUUGAUACAUAUCGUCUAAACCCUCAAGAAUAUUUAACCAGCACUGCUUGUCGGCGAAACCUCACUGGAGAUGUGUGUGCUGUGAUGAGGGUUCAUGCCUUCUUAGAGCAGUGGGGUCUUGUUAACUAUCAAGUUGAUCCAGAAAGUCGUCCCAUGGCAAUGGGGCCUCCUCCCACUCCUCAUUUCAAUGUGUUAGCUGACACACCCUCCGGGCUUGUGCCCCUGCAUCUUCGGUCACCUCAGAUCCCUGCUGCUCAACAGAUGUUAAAUUUUCCUGAGAAGAACAAGGAAAAACCAAUUGAUUUGCAGAACUUUGGUCUUCGAACUGACAUCUACUCCAAGAAAACACUGGCAAAGAGUAAAGGUGCUAGUGCCGGAAGGGAGUGGACAGAACAGGAGACCCUUCUUCUCCUAGAGGCGCUGGAGAUGUACAAGGAUGAUUGGAAUAAAGUCUCAGAACAUGUUGGAAGUCGUACUCAGGACGAAUGCAUCCUCCACUUUUUGAGGCUUCCCAUUGAGGACCCAUAUCUUGAAAAUUCAGAUGCUUCUCUUGGGCCACUAGCUUACCAGCCUGUCCCUUUCAGCCAGUCAGGCAACCCUGUGAUGAGCACUGUUGCCUUUCUAGCAUCUGUUGUUGAUCCUCGUGUAGCAUCUGCUGCAGCAAAAGCGGCUUUGGAGGAGUUUUCCCGUGUCCGAGAAGAAGUGCCCUUGGAAUUGGUUGAAGCACAUGUCAAAAAAGUACAGGAAGCCGCAAGAGCCUCUGGGAAGGUGGAUCCCACCUAUGGCUUGGAGAGCAGCUGUAUUGCUGGCACAGGGCCUGACGAGCCAGAGAAGCUUGACGGAUCUGAAGAAGAGAAGAUGGAGACAGAUCCUGAUGGUCAGCAGCCUGAAAAGGCAGAAAACAAAGUGGAAAAUGAAUCAGAUGAAGGUGAUAAAAUACAAGAUCGAGAGAAUGAAAAAAACAGUGAGAAGGAACAAGAUAGUGACGUCAGUGAGGAUGUCAAGCCAGAAGAAAAGGAAGCUGAAGAGAACAAAGAGCUCACUGAUCCGUGUAAAGACAGAGAAAGCGAUCCCGGGAAGAAGAAAGUGGAACAUGAGAUUUCUGAAGGAAACGUUGCCACAGCCGCAGCAGCUGCUCUGGCCUCAGCUGCUACCAAAGCCAAGCACCUGGCGGCUGUCGAGGAAAGGAAGAUCAAGUCCUUGGUGGCUCUCCUGGUUGAGACGCAGAUGAAGAAACUGGAGAUCAAGCUCCGGCACUUUGAAGAGCUGGAGACUAUCAUGGACAGAGAGAAGGAGGCUCUAGAGCAACAGAGACAGCAGUUGCUUACCGAGCGCCAGAACUUCCACAUGGAACAACUGAAGUAUGCUGAACUCCGUGCUCGGCAGCAAAUGGAGCAGCAGCAGCAUGGCCAGCCACUUCAGCAGGCUCACCAGCACUCGGGAGGACCUGGGGUGGCCCCACUUGGGGCAACAGGCCACCCUGGCAUGAUGCCUCAUCAACAGCCCCCUCCAUACCCCCUGAUGCACCAUCAGAUGCCACCACCACAUCCUCCCCAACCAGGUCAGAUACCAGGCCCUGGCUCCAUGAUGGCAGGGCAGCCUAUGCCAGGCCGCAUGAUACCCACUGUAGCAGCCAACAUCCACCCUACUGGGAGUGGCCCUGCCCCUCCCGGUAUGCCUCCAAUGCCCGGGAACAUCGUAGGACCCCGGGUGCCCCUCACAGCACCAAAUGGCAUGUAUCCUCCUCCACCACAGCAGCAGCCGCCGCCUCCACCUGCAGAUGGGGUCCCUCCACCUCCUGCUCCAGGCCCACCAGCCUCGGCCACUCCCUAGCUUGGAAGACACAGGGAGCCUCCACAGCCACCACAAGCUGAAAUGGGGAUGGCAAGACUUGUGUCUCGGCUUCCUUGGUUUUCUUGCAGGAUUUUUUUUCCUUCACAGCCCCAGGCAUAAGUCUCAUGUCUCUCCACUCCCCAAUACUUCCUGUGUCAGGUCCUUAGUUGAUCUCAGAAAGCCUGUGGUGACUAGUGUUCCAUGUGUCUCCCUGUCCCACUGUGACAGAUGUUAGCAAAUGGUCUGCAGGUCCUAUUGACAUUAGUUCGUUCUCUCUCUCUCUCUCUCGCUCUCUCUCUCUCUCUCGCUCUCUCUCUCUCUCUCUCUCUCUCUCUCCUUUGUCUACGGCUUCAAUGUGUAAUCCUCUAUAAUUAUUGUCCUUCCUUCCUCUGUUAUGGUUGUUUUUAAGGAAAGUAUACUAAGUUAAUAGAAACCAAAAAAUGGUAAUGGGCAGAAAGAGAUAGCCACAGAGGAACAAACCUUAAGGCAUUAUAAGUGACCUUAUUUCUGCUUAUCUGAGCUAAGAGUGGUGCUACUGGUAAAGUUCCUGAGACUUGUCACACAUACGUGCACCAAAAUGAGAAGAGCUGGGGAUGGAGGGGUGUCCUUUUGAUUUAAUUUCCUGAUGAGGACCAUGAAGGACUCCACUCUGCCCAGAACAUACCACUGUACCUAGUAUGUGAUAGUGAAGAGCACAGAUACCACAACAAGCCCACUUCUUCCCUCUCAGACCAUUCUGGUUUUCUGUGCAGAAGAUCUGCAGUACUAGAACUAGAUGUUUGUUUUCCUAAGGGCAUUGUGAGCUUUAAAAGUUAGGAUUUGGAGAGGCAUUUGCUAGUUUUUCCCAGUCUAACAAAGAAAAAUGAAGGAUCUGGGGUCCUAACUACACACCUUUAAGAAUCCUAUCCAAACCUUCCUACCCUCCCCAAAUACACAAGCUCUACCCUCAGCCCCAAAUCCAGACAAAUGUUACAUGCUUUUUAAACCUUCCUCGAAUAAGAAAGGGGAAAAAUGUAAAAUAAGUAGAUUAUGUUAAAACAUUUUAUCUCAUGCAACUUGGUUAGGGUGGUGGGGUACAGAGCCCUACACUACCUCCUGCUGUAGCCAGGGUAAAUGGGAUUUCUUACACGGUACUGAGACAGAGCAGGAGUGGGCAUGCCCACAUAUGAUCAGCAGCCUCCUGUACCUUCUUCUGAGACCUCACAUUGCCUCUGCCACAGGGUUAUGGAGACUGUGCUGAUGGCACAAGGACCUCACUUGGCUCCAAAGCGCUAGGCUUUAAGGUUUGGGGUGCCACCCCACAGGAAGAGCCACAAAAAAAAUGCCUUAAUGUGAGCUUGUAUCUACCCCUGUAUCUACCCUGCUGAUGAACAAUUAGAUAGGUUUGGUUUGUCGGCUUCUUUCCUCCCUCCCGUCUUUCCAUUAGUAGCAAAAGGGUGUUUUUGGCAGAACUUCCGGUGGCAGUCUCAUUCUUGAGAAUGCAAAGUAGAACAUCUUAUGGGUGUAUUUUCUGUGUGUUUUAAAGUUUUAUGUGUGAGAGGUGUAGGUAGGCAUUUCUUAAUAACAAAAACCACGGUUGAGAUUUGCUUUUGAGACUCCUGGGUUUGUUUGCCUCUAACCAGGAGCCCCGGUCACUGCCAGAGUCCUGGGGUGCUAGAGCUAAAGAAACCCUUUUCCUUCCUUGUACCCCAGAGUUUUGGAGUAGAAACAGAAAGGAGCUUGUUCCUUGGGAGCUUUCUCAUUUGCCUCCAGGAAGACCCCAGUGUCUUUUGAAGGUGGCAGGGUCCCAAAUUCUCCCAAAGUAAGUUGACCCAACACUUGCCUUCUCCUUGGAAGCCUAGAAGAUAGGACUCUGGGAAACAUUGUGGUCGUCCCUGUCCUGAGGUCUGCAAUGCGAUCACUUUACAGUUUGAGAGAUGCAAGUGGGGAUUUCUUUACAUUGUUGAUAAUCUACAGAACCUGAGUUUAACACAGCUCUUUUCAUGACUGUCAGUCGGAUAUCACUCCUGUAAUAACACCCAUCCAGUUUUGUGAGGGGUGGGCUUGGAUACUGUGUGGUUUUUGUACAAAUGUGUUUCUUAGUGUGGGUUUUUGGGUUUUGUUGUUUUUUCCUUUAGGUUUUGUUUUAAUGAGGGAAGGGAGUUUUUUGAGAGUUUGGGAGAAAAUGAAUGAAAGUGGCUUAAUGUCCCUCUUCUUCAUUGAAUAAAUGAAAUACCAUUUAUGAAUUCA